GAAAAAUUUCUAAUCUUUUUCAGCUGGCAAAAUGGCUGGAGAACUUGGAGCAACUCCAUCUGCAGCUACUUUUGAGUAUGAGCUUUUUGAGGGUGAUCCUGAUCACCUCAGAACUGUUGUAGCAACGCCGAAUCAGAUUAGCCCAUGGAUCGAUCCUGCUGCUUUGAAACUUAAACACAGAUUUGGGCGGGGGCCAUUUGGUGAUAUUUGGUUGGCAACUCAUCAUCAGUUGACUAAUGGUUCUGAACGAUUUCAUGAAGUGGUUGUCAAGAUGUUACAUCCGAUCCAUGAAGAUCAUAUGCACACUUUCUUGGAUAAAUUUGAAGAUUUAUUUGCUAGGUGCCAAGGAUUACAAGGUGUCUGUUGGUUACAUGGUAUCUCUGUGAUAAAUGGAAAAAUAUCAAUUGCUAUGAAGUUUUAUGAGGGAUCGGUUGGAGACAAAAUGGCUCGUCUUAAAGGAAACAAGCUGCCAUUGCCUGAUGUUUUGAGGUACGGGAUUGACUUGGCUCAGGGAGUUCUGGAAUUGCAUUCAAAAGGGACACUGGUUUUAAAUCUUAAGCCCUUUAACUUUCUUCUUAACGAGAACAACAAAGCAAUCCUGGGUGAUUUUGGGAUUCCGUAUCUACUGCUUGGGAUUCCACUGCCAAGUUCAGAUAUGGUUCUGAGACUUGGAACCCCCAAUUACAUGGCUCCAGAACAAUGGCAACCAGAAGUAAGAGGUCCACUAUCUAUUGAGACUGAUUCUUGGGGGUUCGGAUGCAGCGUCGUGGAGAUGUUGACUGGAACUCAACCCUGGUGUGGGAGAUCAGUGGAGGAAAUUUAUAACUUAGUUGUAUCCAAGCAAGAGAAGCCACAGAUUCCAAGUGGUUUGCCUCCUGCCAUUGUGAAUGUGAUCAGUGGUUGUUUUGAGUAUGACUUCCGGAAUCGUCCUUUAAUGGCAGACAUCUUACAUGCAUUUAAAAGCUCUCAGAAUGCAGUUUAUGGUGAUGAAGGCUGGACUGGCCUGGGGAACUGGAAAUUGGAAGACAAAUCAAUUGGCUGUGGUUACACAGAGUGGUUCCUCUCCAAGGAUCAUCUCCAAGUGGGUGAUACAGUGCGUUCCAGAAAGCCUGCAAACUCGUGCAAGCCUGCAAACAUGUUUAUCCCAGAGGGAAUGGUAGCUGGUUUGGAGGACAGUGACAGAGAUGAGUUUGUUCUUGUGAGGGUCCACAGUAUUCAUGAUCCUUUAAGAGUUCAUACAUCAACACUGGAGAGGGUUACAUCUGGCUUGGCAGCAGGGGAUUGGGUAAGGGUGAAGGAAGAUGACAAGAAACACUCGCCUGUGGGUAUUCUCCAUUCAAUCCAGCGUGAUGGCACUGUAGCAGUUGGGUUUAUUGGACUGGAGACUCUUUGGAAGUGGAGUUUUGCAGACCUCCAGAUGGCAGAAUCCUACUGUGUGGGCCAAUUUGUGAGGCUGAAAACUAAUGUGUUUAGCCCUCGUUUUGAAUGGCCCCGUAAAAGAGGAGGUGCAUGGGCUACAGGAAGGAUCAUACAGGUCCUCCCAAAUGGAUGCCUUGUAGUCGGGUUCCCUGGAAGAUUUAAGUUUGGAGAUGCAUGCAACAGCUUCUUAGCAGAUCCUGCUGAAGUUGAAAUGGUUUCUUUCAGUACAUGUCCUGGGGUAGUAAAGAAAUACCAACACCUCGAGGAUUUUCACUGGGUUGUUCGGCCACUUGUAAUUGCAUUUGGUCUGUUUACUGCCAUGAAACUUGGUUUCUUUGUAGGCAAAAAUGUGAGAAGAUCAAGGAUGAAGAAAGGACGGGUUAGUUUGAUUCAAGGGGAUGGUCAACAUCAGGAUGGCCAGAGUAGUGGCAACCCAGCAUGGCUUCCCCCGCCUGUGGCAAACAUGCUUUUCCGGGAAGGGGUUCCUACGACUACUGGGAGGUAAUUAUUCAACCGCACCUUAUAUCGGCCAUGGCUAUUUUCGAUGAGACUUGUAGAACUGGUGCAGCAAAUUAUUUUGCUAAUUUAGGCCGAUUUACUCAACUCCUUUGUAGAUGUGUUAGGGAAUCAGAACUUACAUUGAAUUUGGGCAUCUGUCCAUAAUAGUCACUGGUGUCAUUAUACUUGUUUACUAGCUGUAUAUAUGCUUAUUUGGCCUU